UGGGAGGGGGCUUGAAGUGGAGGGGGGGUGCAGUUGCUGCUAGGUGAGGGGAGCUGCAGGGCUUCAGUUGCCAAGAGGCUGGUAGUAUCUGUCAGCUGUUUGCACACUGUUUACCCAUAGGGGAUCUAUUACAAGUGCUCAAAUGAACCGGCAGCCUAGGAACUAGCAGCUUCCUGGGAGCUGCAAUUACAUAAGCAUAUAUUUUUAAUAUUGCAAUAAUUAAAAAAAAUAAAUAAAGCAAGUCGCCGCGGUAUGCCUGGAUCAGCCACAGCUCUCCGACAAGAGAGGCUGAAGAAGACUAACGCGAAGCCAAUUCUCCUUGGCUUAUUCACCAUUACUGAGGAAGAUGAACAGCAAAAGAAUGGACAUUCCAGAGGACCGAAAGCUCCUGACAACUACAAAGUGCAUGAAAAGAAAACUGCUGCCACCAACCGGCCCUCCUCUUCGAUUUCAGGACAAAACAGCACCCUCUCAGGCAAUAAACCAGACCCUCCACCCGUGCUGCGAGUUGAUGACCGGCAGCGACUGGCCCGGGAGCGUCGUGAGGAGCGGGAGAAGCAGCUAGCCGCAAGAGAAAUCGUCUGGUUGGAAAGAGAGGAGCGAGCCAGGCAGCACUAUGAGAAGCACCUGGAGGAGCGGAGGAAGAAGUUAGAAGAGCAGAGGCUGAAGGAGGAGCGGAGGAGGGCAGCUGUGGAGGAGAAGAGAAGGCAGAGACUCGAGGAGGACAAAGAACGCCAUGAAGCUGUUGUUCGACGGACGAUGGAAAGGAGCCAGAAGCCAAAACAGAAGCAAAACCGGUGGUCCUGGGGAGGCACUCUCCAUGGGAGCCCCAGAAUCCACAGUGCAGGUGGUUUUGUUGAAUCAUCAUUCUCCUCUCUCGAUUUAGCAGGCCUGGACCACCACUUCACCACUCUGGGUGGUACUAGAAAAUCUGAUCCAGACAGGCGGUCAGUUUCCACCAUGAAUCUCUCGAAACAUGUUGAUCCUGUCAUUAGCAAGCGGCUCUCCUCUUCAUCUGCAACUUUACUAAAUUCUCCUGAUAGAGCUCGCCGCCUGCAGCUCAGCCCAUGGGAGAGCAGCGUUGUUAACAGACUGCUGACGCCCACACAUUCGUUCCUGGCCAGAAGUAAAAGUACAGCUGCCUUGUCUGGAGAUUCAGUUAUCCCCAUUUGUCCUCGUUCAGCAUCUUGCAGCCCCUUCAACACCAUGUCCUACAAAGCUGCACACUCUAGAAAUUCGAUGGACCGACCAAAACUCUUUGUAACGCCACCUGAGGGCUCUGCGAGGAGAAGGACAAUGCAUGGCACAGCGGGCUAUAAAAGAGAGCGGGACAGAGAGAAUGUGCCCUUCCACCUCACCACUGGCUUCCGAAGGGCUCUCUCACCAUCCAAUCCCAAAACCAGAUCACCAGCCUCCUCUCGACUUUGGCUCCCAUCCAAAUCCUUUCCUCAUUUACCUGGCACACCCAGACCAAUGUCUGCCCUGCCUUCAGGACCAGGCAAAGUGAGCCCUGCUCAGCCCCGACCCGCUUCCCCGGGCAAUGUUCGCCCUGUCAAGAGAGAAACCGAGAGAAAAGACCCUGACAAGGAAACUCCGCGCGUUGCCAACGAGCCAUCCCUGAAGAGCCGAACACCUCUAGUGAAGGUAGAGGAAGCCCCCCUGGAAGAGGGGAUAUCUGUGGAGUCAGAGCCGGCCCCCGCUGCUCCAGCCAUGGCCCCGGCCCCAGCCCCCUCUCCAGUCCCGGCUCCUGUUCCGGCCUCGGCCUCAGCCCCCACGCCGGGCCCAGGCCCAUCACCCACUGUGACCGCCUCGCCGAAGACCUCCGCAGGCACCACUGACCCAGAAGAGGCCACCAGGUUGCUAGCUGAGAAGAGACGGCUGGCCCGGGAACAGAGAGAGAAGGAGGAAAAGGAGAAGAGAGAAAGGGAAGAACUGGAAAGACAAAAAAGAGAAGAGUUGGCUCAAAGGGUGGCUGAAGAGAGAUCUCGGCGGGAGGAAGAAUCCCGAAGGCAGGAAGCCGAGCAGGCCCGCGAGAAGGAGGAGCAGUUGAGGCGGCAGGCAGAGGAGCGCGAGCGGGAGGAGCUGGAGCGCGCCCAGAGACAGAAGGAAGAAGAAGCUCGGGUUCGGGAAGAAGCAGAGAGGGCCCGGCAGGAAAGGGAGAAGCAUUUCCAGAAGGAAGAACAGGAGCGCCUGGAGAGAAAGAAGCGACUUGAGGAAAUUAUGAAAAGAACCAGGAAAACAGAAGCUCCAGAUAAGAAAACUCUUGAUCAGAGAAAUGGAGAUAUAGCCAAGGGAGCUCUCACUGGAGAAACAGUGUCUGCACUUCCGACUCUAGUGAACGCUGCCGGAAGUGGAGAACCAGUGACCAGCACACCUGCGGUUACCUCACACCAAUCAGAAGUGACUGUGGAGAGUACUGCCAACUUGGAAAAACCAAAUGAAAAUGGAGUAUCUGUUCAGAAUGAAAAUUUUGAAGAGAUCAUAAACUUACCCAUUGGAUCUAAACCAUCCAGAUUAGAUGUCACCAACAGCGAGAGCCCAGAAAUUCCUCUGAAUCCAAUUUUGGCCUUUGAUGAGGAAGGAACACUUGGGCCCCUGCCUCAGGUAGAUGGUGUUCAGACACAGCAGACAGCAGGUAAGCUUGCCUCCCACUCACUUGAGCAGUGACCACCCCAGAGGGAGUGAACCUUCUGCACUGUGGCCAUGGCACGGGACUCCUUGAGCCUCCUGGAGAAGAUUACACAUGGACCAUAAAAAUGGAAUUCUGAGUUGGACUCAGCAACAUGUAGGGCCCCUCUUCUUUAUUCCCCCACUCAGUGCGGAAAUCUAGUUUGCAGCCACCGCUGGAUUCCAGCAGUGUGUCCUCAGCAUCAGCACCCCACCAUACUCACUGUGAGAACACACCUCCCCAGCAAGCCACUGCCUAGUGCCUCCCCAUAACAUCAGGACCCGUGCACCAAGACGUGCCCACUGGAGAAAAUUUUGCUGGGGUUGUUUUCCCCCCAACUCAACUCUUGAGACAUUAGAACACUGCUCUCAUGUUCUGUCACCAUGUUUUUCUUGUUUGGUUACUGGACUAUUUUAUAAUAUUAUGGUCCUUUUAAAAUGUAUUAAGAUACAAUGGAGAGUUGUGACCUAGAUCACUGGUUUUGGGCCUUUCAUAUCUGCAAGCUGGUAAAAAAAAAAAAUAGAAAUAUUUCAUUGACCUCUAAAAGAGAAAUAAAAGCCAUUAUUUUUAAUUGUUUCAUGUAUUCAUUUUUAAUUUGACAUCAUAAAAUGAGCAUUUUAUCCAUAUAUCUCAUGUGCUAAGUAGAAGGAAAUU